AUGGAGACCUUGUCAGAGACACCGUGGGAUGCGAUCAUUGCGGGGACGGGGCUCGCCCAAUCCCUCCUGGCACUUGCCCUCUCACGGUCGGGAAAAAAAGUCCUCCAUUUGGACCGGAACCCAUACUAUGGAGGAUCCGAGGCUGCCUUCAGCCUGGAUGAGGCCCAGGAGUGGAUGAACAGUGUCAACCAACAUCCUGGCCAGUCUCCAUUUGAGGAUGUCAAGAUUUUCACCUAUCAGCAUCCCCAAGACUCUCCACAAUCUACUCCCUCCCAACACGGUUCCGAGAGCAGCGCACGUCCUGAAGGCACACCGGAUAUUCGCGCAAAGCUUGCAGCGAGCAGAGCCUAUACCCUUUCCCUUUCCCCAUAUUUCCUCUACACCCGCUCGCAGCUAAUCUCUACCCUGAUCUCUUCAAAGGUCUACCGCCAGCUUGAGUUUAUGGCAGUUGGAAGUUGGUGGAUCCACUCUCCCGGUCAUCCCAAUGCAGCGAGUAGUGAGCUCGGUGCUACCCGGGUUUUCCACCGUGUGCCUGGUAAUCGCGAAGACAUUUUCGCAGAUACCCAUAUCAGCAUGAAAUCGAAGAGGACACUGAUGCGGUUCUUGCGACACAUCAGCAAGCCAGAGGAAGAGGACGAUGUUGAAACAGACGAAGACCUCACAAUGCCAUUUGGGGAGUACCUGUCUUCCAAGUUCAGUGUUCCUCAGGACCUCCACGAUCCUUUGCUCUCGCUGUCGCUGUCCCAGCUGUCCCAGCAGGACACGACUGCAAACUACGCCGUUCCUCGGAUAAAGAGGCAUCUGGCAUCUAUUGGCGCAUUUGGACCUGGAUUCGGAGGCGUGGUAUCUAAAUAUGGCGGUGCCUCUGAAAUUCUUCAGGUCGCCUGCCGUGCAUCUGCCGUCGGCGGUGGUGUUUAUGCCCUUGAUACCGGCAUUCAAUCACUCGUAGACGGCGACGCGGCGGCAGAGGCCGAGUAUCCUGUUGAGGCGCAGCUGUCCAACGGAGAGUCGGUGCGAAGCAAGUUUCUGUUUGGCUCUACCUGGGAUCUCUCCGCAAAGGAGCAGAUGUCGCCUCCCACCAAGGUCGCACGUUCAAUCACUAUUGUUUCUUCAAGCCUCGCCUCUUUAUUCCCCAUCACGGUGGAAGGGGCACCUCUGUCCGCCAGCACGGUUCUCAUGUUUCCGGGUCACUCGUUGAGUAAUCCUCAAUCCCCGCCGGUAUAUCUCCAGGUCCACUCGAGUGAUACCGGCGAUUGUCCACGAGAGCAGAGUAUCAUCUACGGCAGUGUAUCUCUCUCCGGACCUGAAGGCCACACUCUGCUCGAAUGCGCGAUAGACCGACUGCUCCGAGCGGAGGGUCCCCCGGCCAUCGUGUUAUGGUCCAUGCGGUAUAACCAAAUGGGCCGGCUCAGUAACGACGGUACGCCGUCGACUCUUCACCCCCAUUCGCCUCAUGUAUACAGCUUCCCGCCGUCGAGCCUUGAUCUGGCGUUCGAGGAUGAGACUGUCGAUACGGUCAAAAAGGCGUGGACUCGAAUCGUAGGAGAUGAGGUGGACCAUGACGAUUUUAUGAUCUUUGACGAUCGUGAUGGCGCCUCCGAUGAAUGA